ACUGAGAAUGGGAGUUUUGACACUGUUUCUGGUGCAGGAGAUUUUUUACCAUUCCUUGGCUGUCAUUGGAGUGGGUGCAAACCUAAUGACCAUCGUGGUUUUGUCCCGGGGAAAUUGUGGCAUCUCCCGAUGUACUGGUCGGUAUCUGGUGUCCAUGACAGUUGCAGAUUUGCUUGUUAUCAUCUUCUGUGUGAUCUUGAACCAUCUCGGAUCUCUCCACCUUCCCAUCUCCUUCCUCAAGCACUACCACGUCUGCAGUCUGAACAGCAUCACGAAUGCAGCAGUGGUGGACAGCUCAGUCUGGCUCACUGUCGCCUUCACCCUUGAUCGCUUCAUCGCUGUCUGUUGUCCGAAGUGGAAGGUGCGAUACUGCACAGAGAGAACGGCAGCCUGGGUAAUCCUGACAAUCUGCACAGUGAGCUACCUGAGAAACAUCCCGCGCUACUUCACCUAUGAACCUGAUCCCACCCGUGGACCAUUCCCACUCUGCCGCCUCCGUAAUCUGUGUACCAAAACUCCUUGGGCAGCCUAUCUGUGGUCGGCCACCAUCUUUACACCCCUCAUUCCCUACGUAUCCAUCUUACUCCUGAAUGUCCUGACUGUCAGGCACAUCCUGGUGGUCAGUCGUGUCCGUAAGACAUUCCGGAGUCAAGGCCACAAUGGAAAAGAUGGAGAUCCAGAGAUGGAGAGUCGAAGAAGAUCCAUCAUCCUGCUCUUUGCCAUAUCAGGAAACUUCAUCGUGUUGUGGAUGACCAGGGUGGUGGACUUUGUGUUCCAGGAAAUGUUGCUGAACUUGAGCUCAAUGAGCAUAGUUACCCAUGUCGGGGAGAUGCUGAUGUAUCUGAGCUCUUGCACCAACACCUGCAUUUACACACUCACCCAGGCAAAGUUCAGGGGGGAGAUUCUGGACUCAAUAUCAAACUCAUAAAUUUUAGGGCCUGCGUACCUUCUCCCAUGUCCUUCCCCCAACCUCCACACAGUGGACCUUGUCAUUCACUUGGGCUGCUAUGACAUACAACCAUUGUCAGCCAUUAAAGCCCCCAGUAGCAUCUCUACAGUCUCCCAGGCUGACCUUUACUAGAACAUAGAACAGUACAGCACAGUGCAGGCCCUUUGGCCCACGAUGUUGUGCCAAACUUUUACCUUAAUCCUAAGGUCUAUCUAACCCCCACCCCUACUUUAUAGUAUCAUCCAUAUGCCUGUCUAAUAGCCACUUAAAUGACCCAAAUGCCCAUCUGUUUCUUUUUUCUUCUCUCUCUCUCUGAGCUCCAUUCUCACCUACUAUUUACUCCUUCCCCCACCCCUUCUCUAACAUUCUGAUGAAGGGUCACUGGACUCGAAACAUUAACUCUGCUUUGUCUCUGCAGAUGCUGCCAGACCAGCUGAGUUUUUCCAACAAUUUCUGACUUUGUUUCUAAUUUCCAACAUCCCCAUUUCUGUAAGUAUCUUUCCCCCUCUAUAUUCUGUCUGUUCAUAUAUUGGUCAAAAGCCUCUUAAAUUUUGCUAUUGCAUCCACAUCCAUCGCUUCCUCUGGCAGCACAUUCCAGGCACUUAACACCCACUGUAUUAAAAAAAA